CGUAAAUAUAAUGAAGGUUCCCAUUUCUUGAAAAAACAAAUUCAUCGCAAUUGAAGUUAAGAAAUGAAAAUUUGAAGUUUUUGAUCAUUCAUCAGCUAAAGCUUCUCUUUCCCGGCUUUUUGGCGUGGAAGAUCAUCAUAUGACACGAAAAACUGUUUUUUCAAACAACGAAGCAAUCGUCAACUCAAGCAAUAUUCACUAGGCCUCAAGCAAUAUUCACUAGGCCUGAAGCAAUAUUCACUAGGCCUCUAGUUUCUGGUUGCUUACAAUCUUGCGAUGACUCGUAUUGUAACAUAUGCUUAUGGAUCAAUCUUUCUUGUGACAAGCUUACUAUCAUGGGCCGCUCGCGAUUUUGGUUAUACUACUUUGAAAGCAAUGAAAUGGCUAAGAGGCUGCAAUGGAGAGGAAGUUUGUUUGGGUGCACAAGGCGCCUUGAGAGUGAGUUUGGGGUGUUUCAUAUUCUAUUUUAUCAUGUUUGUAUCCACAGCAGGCGCUUCAACGAGGACUGGUCAUAGAGAAGAAUUUCACUCAGGGUGUUGGUUUUUAAAGAUUCCGAUGAUGGUGGUCCUCAUUGUCGUUUCAUUUCUUCUUCCGAUUAAUAUGAUCUAUAUCUAUGGAUUGAUUGCACAUUUUGGAGCUGGGAUAUUUUUAAUAUUCCAGUUGGUUAGCAUAAUCACUUUCAUACAAAUGGUAAAUGAUUGGUGCUACUCUGAUACAUCUUCUGACAAACGUUGUAUUAUAGGUGGCAUACUUGCAGUAGGUUCGAACUUGUUGGCCUGCGGCUCGAUAAUCUUUUUGUUCAUUUGGUACGCGGAACGCACGUCUUGCAAACCUAACUAUAUAUUUACCGGCGUAACUCUCGCUCUCUUCGGACUAAUGUCUGGUGCUACUCAUCGUUCUAAAGCCAAUGCUACUUAUCUGAAUUCGGGUUUCAUGGGAGUCUAUAUCACAUUCUUAUGCUGGUCUGCAAUCAAAAGUGAACCACACGGGGGAAGAUGCAUGGAAAGGGGAGGAACGGACACGCCGCCUAAAAGCUUUGUUAUCGGCUUUGGUGCAAUGAUUUUUGCGACGUUCUCAACUGGCGUCGAUUCGAAAAGCUUUCAGUUCAAAAUAAAGGAGCACCGAGAUGAUAAUGUUCCAUAUGGUUAUGGAUUCUUUCAUCUUGUUUUUGCGACCGCCUCCAUGUACUCUGCAAUGCUAUUAGUCAAUUGGAACACCAAAAAUCCGACGAAGUUUAUGAUUGAUGUGGGGUGGGCUAGUACUUGGAUUAAGUUCAUAUAUGAGCUUUUCGCAGCGUUUAUUUACAUAUUCAUUCUCACAAGGAAAAAUGAUGAGGUGACCAAAAUGACAGGAUGAUAUGGAAGCAAACAAUUAGUUGUACAUGGAAUUGGUACAACUCAUUUCUUCUUGAAUUGGGACAAGUCAUGCAUGAGGAUCGAUGCUAUAUUUUCACAUCCUCUACUGCAUAGAAAUGGCAAUAAUCGUUUUCAUAUAUGUAAUGACCAAAAUUAAUAUGUAACGUUAAUUCCUUUAUUAUUAUGUAAUAGAAUAUGAAAUAAUGGCACAGCUAUUACUUAUACACUUUCAAU